GACAAUAAGGGACAAACCAUAUCGUCCUCAUGAUCUACCUUUCAUUUAUGAAGUUGCCAGCAACGCCAUGACAUCACUUGCAAGAUUUAAUUUCUCUACGCAUGGGUAGACUUCUAGGUUCACUUCGUGUCUAUUCAAUUUCUCUACCUUGUGGCUGUUUUUGUAUAUCAAACACGUAUGAGAUAGCCAGAAGAGGGGGUGAUAAUUUUAAGGCAGCUUGUCUAUCUUAUCUAGCGGGGUGGACUGGAGUAAGCAGCAUCACUACUCUUCUCCUUUAUCAUUCAUUCAUCCUUUCUAUCCCAGUCCACCAGUAGUAAUAUGAAGAAAGCAGCAGCAGCAGCAAGACUAGUGUUCAUCCCUUCUCCCGGUGCGGGUCAUCUUGUAUCUGCACUUGAGUUCGCCAAGCUUCUCCUAAACCGUGAUGACCGACUCUGGAUCACUCUCUUCAUCCUCCAAUUCCCAUACUCCACCGCAAGCGAAUCCGACACAUCUUCCCUCUCUUCCUUCUCCGAACGUGUCCAAGUCAUCAACCUCCCUCCUCCUCAACUACCACCCACCAAUUCUGACACUAAACCUGGCAUGGGCAACUUAAUGAUCACUCUCCUUGAAAACCAGAAACCCCGAGUCAAAGAAGCUGUCAUCUCCAACCUCCACUCCGCCCCCCCACUCGCCGCCUUCGUGCUUGACAUGUUCUGCACCACCAUGAUUGACGUCGCCGACCACUUCAAUGUCCCUUCCAUCGUCUUUUUCACCUCCGGCGUCGCCUUCCUCAGCUCGAUGCUCCACCUCUACACGCUUCGGGAACGACACGACCUGGAAGCCAACGAUUUGAAGGACCCGGACACCGAGGUGGCCAUCCCAGGUUUCCUAAACCCAGUUCCUUCGAAGUCGCUGCCCAGCAAGGUGCUGAACAAGGAAUGGGAGCAAUGGUUUUUAAACUAUGGGAGAGGGUUGAAGAGAGCCAACGGUUUUAUCGUGAAUUCGUUUGAAGAGCUUGAACCACACGCGGUUCGCUCAUUCUCUGACCCGGAUAAUGGUCUGGUUCAAGGUAUAAUACCCAUAUAUCCGGUGGGGCCCAUAUUGAACCCUAAGGACAACGGUGAGACUCAUGAGAUCCUUACAUGGCUCGAUGAACAACCUCCCUCCUCAGUAGUGUUUCUCUGCUUCGGGAGUCGGGGUUCUUUCGAUGAGGCACAAGUCACGGAGAUUGCACAUGCGAUUGUGAACAGUGGGGCCCGUUUCGUGUGGUCCCUUCGGAAGCCUCCACUAAAGGGCUCCAUGGCCGGGCCCUCUGAUUACUCUGUUCAUGAUUUAGCAUCGGUUUUACCCGAAGGAUUCUUGGAUCGGACGACAGAGAUUGGAAGGGUCAUUGGAUGGGCCCCUCAGGCCCGGGUUUUGGCCCACCCAGCCACAGGUGGGUUUGUAUCGCACUGUGGUUGGAAUUCCACAUUGGAGAGCAUAUACUUCGGUGUGCCUAUUGCCACGUGGCCACUCUAUGCCGAACAACAGACGAACGCCUUUUUGCUCGUGCGUGAGCUAAAGAUAGCUGUGGAGAUUUCAUUGGAUUAUAGGGUGGAGGUCUAUGUCGGGCCUAACUAUCUUCUAACUGCAGAUAAGAUUGAAGGAGGAAUAAGGAGUGUGUUGGACAAAGAUGGAGAAGUGAGGAAGAGAGUGAAGGAGAUGAGUGAAAGGAGUAGGAAGACAUUGUUAGAAGGGGGAUGUUCAUAUUCCUAUUUAGAUCAUUUGAUUGAUUAUUUCAUGGAUCAGGUAUGAAAUCAUCUUUCAAACCACACGCAUGUUAGUUUCAUGGCAUCAAAUGUAGUAGUUGUAAACUCUUCAGCUAUGUUUGGAACGGAUGAAUAUUAUUAUGAACUUGCUCA